CCCCUCCUCCUUCUGCAGCACAUGGGAAGCAAAAGUUUCUCUGCUGCUGCUUCUCCUCCUCCUGGUCCCCCUCUGCCGGGUCCCCCCGGUCCGGACCCCGCCGAGGUUCGCUGCUGAAGGAUGCGGCGCGGCUCGAACGGCGUUGGGCUGCGCUGCGCUCCGCCGGGCGAUGAGGAGUAAACCGCUUUUGGAGCAUCUUCCGCUUCUCCGAGGGCUGGGGAAGAGUGAAGGCGAGACUUGGAUCGAAUCUUGCAGAGAGUAACCUGAGGGAUCUGUGGAUUUCUGGAGCGAAGGAGCUGUUUGAGGGAGAAAAAAAGAAUCAGAUGCUUUAGCAGCGCCAGGGAGGCAGCGCUGCAUCGCUUUGCUUCAGCCCCACUAUGGGCACGGGCAUGUGUUCGAGGAGGCAGAAGGGGCUCCUGCAGACCGGGUUUUGCCUGCUGGCCGUGGCGUGCCUGGGCUCGGGAGCUUUCCUGUACCACCACUUGCAGCAGAAGGUGAGGAGUGCCGAAGCCCUUGCUCAGAAAUACAAACAGCAGCAGGAAGCACUGUCUGCCCAGCUCCAAGUUGUGUAUGAGCACAGAUCCCGACUGGAGCGAUCCCUGCAGAAGGAGCGAGGGGAGCACAAGAAGACAAAGGAAGAUUUCUUAGUGUACAAAUUAGAAGCUCAGGAAGCUCUCAACAAGGAGAAGCAAGACUCUAUGAACAGAUACGGGGCCCUCAGUUCCCAGCACAAGAUCCUGAAGAACCAGCAUGAAGAUGUCAAGAAGCAGCUGAUUGACCUGCAGCUACAGCACAAUAGCUUGAAACUUGAACAUCGUAAGACUCUGGAGGCCCAUAGCCAGAAGUAUGCCCAACUCCAGCAGGAGAAGGAUAGUGAAGUCACAAAUUUGCAAGAUACAGUCUUUAAACUCAGAGAAGAGAGCAAACUUCUUCGCAAGGCCCACCAAGAAGUUCACUCUCAGCUACUUAACGCCCAGACCCAGAUGGAAGAGUUCAGACAGCUCAAGGAAGCUCUGCAGAAGAUGCCAAGCUUCAAAGGAGGAGGAGGGAAGGGGCAGCAGCAGCUCCAGGUGCUGAAGGAGCAGCCUCUGGAUCCAGGCAACAGCCAACUGCAGCUAACGAGGCAGAAGGCUUUUCCAGUCAAUCCGGAGCAUCGCCCUGCAGGGAGCUCGCUGGCAUCGCAGCUCUCUGGGGUUCGGAAGCAGGCAGACGGUCCUGUGCUGCAGGGCCGGAGCUCCAACAGCAACGAUGGCCUCAGGUCCCAGGUGAACGUGGCCCUCACCCACCCGGCCCCUCUGCAAGAUGCCAAUUCACCAGCAGAGGCUCCGCCUGCCUGGCCAGCAGGACACGGGGAUGCUCGCAUCAUCCGAUUCACCCGAACUGUGAACAGCCUGCCGAAUGGAAGCCCAGACGUGAACAUGGUGAUGCGCAUUCAGGUGAGCAGCCAUGAGGAAAGCCAAGCUCCUGGAUUGUUGCUGUCUGAUCUGAAACAACCUUCUGUUGCUGAGAAAAUGCAGGUGCCAGACAACCACCACUCAACAGGGAGCAAACCAGUGCAAAUGCAAAGCUGGAAGGACAUAGUCAGCAAAGUGAAUGCCCAGAUGGAUGAUGUGCACAGUUAUCCCAAGAGCCUUCACCUCAACUCCAGGCCUGGGCAAGAGGCUCAGAAGGGAAGCUCACAGCCAUCCAGUCAGAAGAGAGGGGCAGAGAAACAAAUGGGCGAUCAGGAAGGCGAGAGGGAAAGGAUGGAUAACGAAGAGCUUGAAAUGGAUGCAGGAAUGAUUGAGAGGGAGAACUUGCAUUCUCAGAAAGAGACUGUUGUUCAGGAGCCUAUGAUGCCAGAUGAUGCUGCAGAUCCUGCUCAGGAUCCCAAUAACCAGGGUGAGGAUGAGUUUGAGGAAGCUGAGCUGGAGAGACCCGACUUUGAAGAGAAGGUGGGAGGCUUGGAGAAGUUCAGGGAACCCAGUGCGAAAGAAGAGUCCAAGGAGAAGCCACUGAAGGAUGCUGGCAGACCUGUCAAGCCCAAGGAGGACCCAAUGGAUGACUAUCAAGAUCAGGAACAAGAAAUUGAGGACCAUGGCGGUGAAGUGGAUGACAAUGAUGACCUUGAACUUGUCCAAGAGCAGAAGAACCAUGCAGGCAUCCAGGGAGCUGAUGGCAAGAAGGAUGACUACUACUGAGAGAUGCUGAAGAUGGAUGCAGUAGGAAUGAGAGAAGAGGAACUCCUCCCAGGAACUGGAUGCUGUACUGUGCACAGCCCAGAACAAAGGCAGGAGGGGAUAGCUGCCUUGGCAGGCACUGAGCAUGGUGUUUGCAGGUAUGCAUCAUAUCUACGUGCGUGGGGCCACUGCUGCCUCUCUGGUGCGUGGCAUGGAAGUGCCCUCAGACUGUCUGAAUGACUUUAUAUUGCUGCUUCUAAAAGAAGCACCUGUUGAUUGAUCAAGUUCUUGACCCUCUUGUUUUCCUCAUCCAUUCCCUAGACUGAGAGUUGGUUGUUUUUUUUUUUUUGCUGGCUGGGCAGGGGAGGGGUGCAGGACUACAAAAGGAGGGUGUCUGAGCUGAUCCCUGGAGUUAAUCAACUGAUGGCUAAUACAAAGGAAUCUGUCUUAUAAAAUAUUUUUCUCAGUAGUGUUUCUUUAAAACAUCCUUUGCUCCCAUCAAGGCAGGGUGGAGAGGAAUUGUCUGGAGCAGUGUCAAGGUGAUGGCUGGCCACGAGCACCAGCAGAAAGUACCACAUGCCAGCUAACACUGUGUACAUGCGUACAAAGGAGGAGAUCCUCCUUCCAGCGCAGGGAUCCUUCCCUGUCACCCCUUCUGCAGUUCUCUUUUCCGUGGCUGCCCUGCUGGGGUGGAAGAAGCACUUGAUGGCACAGUCCCUGUGUUUGCCUGAACAGUCCUUUUGCUUCAUACAGCAUUUUGAUGGUGUGGAGUGUGGGACACCAACAGCUUGUGGGUGAGCAUCAUGAUAAAGCUCACAGGAGAGAUCUUUGUUCCCUGUUUGCAUUAGAAUUUAAAACCUUGUUUUGAGGAGUGUUUUGUGGCACUUCAGACAGUUGGAAAACGUUUAUGUCCCACUAAAUUUGGUCUUUUUCAUUCAGGCAAUGUUUUUUUUUUUUUUUCCUCUUACAGUGCUUCUAAUGGAGCUUGAAAUGAACAUGUCAGGGUUUUCUGGUUGCUCUGUUCUUAUAUUACUUGUCUUUUUACCAGUGCAAUCUAAGCAAGUCAAACUCGGGGGGUAAUCUGGAGUGGUUCAUGUGCUUGGGCUCUGCUUGUGUUACAUGGAAGCAAGGAGAACUCUGCUUUUCCAGCUGCUGCCCUUUCCCCAGAGCUGCAGUGUCAGGGCAGCUGGGGGUGCUGCUGGCUGUGAUGGAACUUUGGGGAAGCAUAUUGUUGGGACCUCACGGACCUGAUUGCUGCUUUCUGAAACUGGGAGGAUGUAGCUGUGCAGUGACACUAGGAGAACCUCACUGCAGCAGUUUGCAUCUCUGUUCCAAACGCAUGUGAGAAAACAGACCUCCUCAUGGGAAGGCAUGAGGCUUUUGGUAGGACGUGAGCUGAGAGCUCCUGGCUGCUAAGCUUUUUCUGCACCCACGCCUCACUUAAAAAGCUCACAGACCGUUGGAGAGGACCAGUGCUGCUUUAGGGGCUUUAUGCUCAUUGUACAGGUUGGUAUCCCAGCUGGAGGCUGUGCAGGGGGUCCAGAAGAAGGUCUGUUAGCCCAGUGCCAUAGCUGCUCACCUAACUGAGUUCACUGCAGAGCUGAAAUGAGGUGUGAGAUAUCCAAAGUGACUUGCAAUGAUGAACACCGUGUUAGUGCUGUAUGCUGUCAACCUUGCAACGUGACGCAAUGCUGCUCAGCCUCCACCAUCUGCUAUUUAUAGCACCUUCAGGAUGCAUUAGCUGGAACUGCUGCUAUGUGUGCAGAUGCAGCCUCAUCAGAAAUGCUCCCAGUUCUCAGCUGGGCAGGCAGAAUCUCACUGUUUCACAACGGAUCAAUGACCAACACAAUCUGUGGUAAGAAUUUGAAGUCUGAGUGCCCAGGCUGCCCCAGUGGGAGCCGUAGUGCAGCUGUGUGCUGAGCUACAUUCACCCCUGCUCUGUGCUUCUCCUAACCCGUGGCUGUCAGUGCAGAGGUUCAGACCUCACUGCAAGUGAAUCAAGUGCUGGAAAUAGAACCCUGAUGGAAGGGAGACCACGUGCUGAGUCAGAGGCUGCAGGAGAUAGCAACAUUAGGAGGCAAAAUCUCUGCUUAUGCGUGUCUGGGAUGAGUAAUCCUCCAAGCUGACUCCGAGGGAACUAUGGUAACUCAUCCUAAAUGUGAAGCUCCCUGCUAGGAGAAUGCUUUAGUAACCAUAUGCUGCUCGCUGCCCUGAGCCGAGAGCAAAGCAGCUCUGCUCUAGGGACUGCCUGCCACAGCUGUGUGCAAGACUAAAAUUGGUGCAGUGCUGCAUGAGUUGUUAGCUGGGGGUGGUGAGCGCUUCCUUGCCUGGCCUCUAGCAAGUUGCCACCAUUUCAGUACAAGUUCAGGGCUUCCUGUAACAGGAGACAAUGAACACGGUGGGGGAGAACCAGAAAAGCAGCCAACCUGCAGUGUUAGGUCUGUCUGAAGGUGAAGAAAGCACCAUGGGCUGUUAUUGAUUUUGAUACGCUGCCUGGGGCUUCACUGCUUAAAGCAAACGACAGUGUUUGCCCAAGUGGUGAACUGUUGAGGCAGUGUCUGAGAAGUCCUGGCUGGCUUCUAUUGCAGACAGGCAUGGAGGAAGGUCUGAGAACAGCUGAGAAAGCAAACAACCAGACGGAGGAUUCACAUGAGGUCAGUGCUGGCAGACUGACCAAGCCAAAGCAAAUGGUUUUUGUUGGUCUUACAUAAAAAAUGAUCUUUUGCCUGGAGAUGUGGUGCGAGGCCAAAGGAUGCAGUGCAGGAUAAGGGCUAGUUCACCUGGCACACUUGCUGGUUGUUUGAUGCUUUGCUCUCUACUUGCCUUUGGAUUCCAGCGACGUGAUAGAGAUGAUUUCUGUAAAGAAAUGCAUUUCCAGGGCUCACAUGAUGACAAAGUGAUUUGGCCACAUCCUUAGUCAGACGAUGAGAAUUAAUUGUGCAUUCUGUGCCUUUACAAAUAAAGGCACAGAUUAGGAAAACAUAUGCCUAUCAAUUAGUUAAAUUGUUAGGCUCAUUAUUCAUUUACAUGGCAUUUUUAGGGCUUAAAAUGUGACUAAUGCUUUAAUGAAGAGUUUUCUUGAAGGCAUCCGAUGUAGUUGGAGGAGAAAAUGCCCUAAAGGCCUGCAUAACGAAGGAGUGAGCUGUCUGCACCUCCCCGAACCAAGAGCAUCUUCCCACUUACAUAUAUGUGUGUGAAUUGUUUAAGAGAAUGACGCUUGUUUUUAACACGGACUGGUUAGAAACCAAAUCCCAGCCCCAUCUGUUGGCUCUCUCGACAGAAGAACUCAAUGUGUUUCAAAUCACGAGCGAGCACCAUCACAGCCUGGUGCCGGAUCUAAUUGAUCACUGGAACAGCGAUAGCUCUGGAGUGCCAUCUGCUAUUAGCAGGGCUCAGGGAGGCAAAGCUGGCGUGGUUUGGCUCCGUGCAUCUCCUGAAUGCCUGCACGCUUCUCAGGCAGAGCUGCCCGGUCUUCAUCUGCCCAUCCCAGCCAGACCUUCCAGGUAAGUUGGCCUCAGCCACUGAGAAGCGCCUUCAGCAGCACAGCACCUCCUCGCGUCCACCAGGCCUGCAUCGCUGUCCUUUUUGGUGCUGCUCCUAAUUUUAACAAGAGAGAUUUCCAACAACUUUCGGCAGGGUAGCAGGAAACAAACGUUGAAUUUGGCUUUUAAAAAAUAAUAAUAAAAAAAAAGCAUAGCAGUCUAUGGACUUCAGCUAACAGAGGAGAACUGUACCAGUGCAGCAGUGAGGCAGAGGUGCUGGACAGCUGUGCUCAACUUAUGCUGUUUGUCUCAUCCAUGGAAAGCCAAAGGCUGCUCUCUGGCACAACCCAGCCACCUCCCCAUUCUGCAGGCUGCUGCCAGAAGAUUUAAAGGUGCAGAGUGAGCUGUUCCAAAAAGCUGGAAUCUGUGAGGCAGGAAGGGGGGCUGAAUGAGCUGCCAGCUGUUUACCUGUUCAUUAAAGAAUGCUUCCCAUGCUGUUGGUCACAGUUGGUUUUUAGAUAGUUCAGGUUGGUCGUUGGGUGAGGACUAAAGGCGAGUUGUAAACACUGCUCUGUACUAACAGCACAGAACCAUGCUGUCCUCCUGCAGGAUUUAUGGCUUUCCACAGGCUUUUUCAGUGGGUGAAAAGUAAUUCCUGUCUUCUGAGCUAUUUGAGAGUUCUUAAGACACUGUAUAAAACCUGAGCAAAACACAAAGGAAAUCUCCCCCUAGUUGCUGGUGUGGAAUGAAAGCUGCAAAGUGGGAAAGCAAGGCCUUAAUGCAGUUUUUAUCAUGUUUAAAGACUGCAUAAAAAUUGUUUGAGAAUGUAUUUAUUACUUUAUUAGUUGGAGAACUUUUGUUUCCGCAUUUAGACAAGUUUAUGGUUCCAAUAUGAAUGUUUUGGGAUGCCCAGUGAGCAUCUUGGCAGCGAUGUGAUGGCUGGGCUGGGGCUGUUGUGCUGUCAUUGGGAAACAGCUUGUACAGGGUGAGCCAACGAGCCCCUUUCCUUCUGCCUUAGCCUGCUGUGCGCCUCUUCCCACUAUUUACCCCUGCUAGUAGCUGUGCCGUGCUGGAGGGGGAAGCCAUCAUUUCCUCGUGUCCCAUCCUUGCUGAGCAAUCUCCGAGUUGGAACACAGAACCGAUUAAAAAAUUAAACUUGAGGAAAAAAAAUUAAAAAAAGCCAA